AAUUGAUCGUUUCGCAAAAGUAUAUGCUAAAACAAACGCAUUUAAAUCCCAUAUUUCCCACGGCCAAGACACAUCUACAUCCUCUUCCUGACCGGUAGGACGUGGCGGUGCAUCACGGCUAUUCGCAAGGCUGAACGGACUCGAUAGGCACCACCAACAUACCAUCACCACCACAAUGCGAAUACAAAUACCCCUUUCUCGUGAGAACCAAUCCCAUAAUUGUAGUGAACCAAUCCCAUAAGCCCAUCCACCACAAAUGGCAAACUCACCAGAGCCGGAGAAGAAGGAGGAGCAGGAGGAGCAACAACAGCCAAACAAGACCCACCCCUACACCAUCACGCUCCUAACCCCCCAUACUGCAACGCCAACUUUCCUACACGCCCUCCAGCAAUCCACAUCCCAUCCGUCCCCAGCCUUCCUCGGCGCGGACGCGCUCUUCUACAACAUCAAGAAUCCUACCGGUUGGGGGUUCUCGCAUAUCGUCCUGCUUGAAGGCGAUGACGCCAAGUUGGAUGCGAAGAAGUUUCGAUUGAGGCAGCACUGGAGCUUCACUGUUGAGUCGGAAGCGGCGUAUCGUGGGUUUGGUGGUGAUGGGGAGGGUGAUGAAGGGGGUGAUGAUGUUGGAAGAGAUGUUAUCAGGCCUGAUGGAGGCAAGAAAGGGGAGAAGGCGAUGGGGCCGGAGGAUUUGGUCGAGUUGAUGAAGUAUUUCCUGCCGAGGGAGUUUCAGGGUACGAGAACUUACGUCCUAUGUUUCUUUGCAUUCAAAGAGGAAGAGGGAUGUGAGGGGGAACUGGCGUAUCGCGAGCAUAUGGAAGCACUUUGUGAGGGCAGUGAGCAGGAUGUGCAUGUUCAUCUUCAGGGUACGAUAUCGAAUAUGGGCCCGUUCGAGCAUGGGACGAAGUUUGAUUCCGAGAAAGCGCAUCGUUUUGGCCUCUUGAGUUUCAGGACAGAGAAGGGGUUUGGGGAGUACGUGAGCUCGAGGGGUUAUGCGAAGAUGCUUGGACGAGUUCGUGUGAGCAUGGUGAUAACAAGACAGAUGUGGCUGCCUCCGAAGAGUGAACCUAUUGAUACUAGCUCUUGGAAAUAUGGAAAUCCUUAUGAGCCGUAUGGGGAGGAUUGGUUUGGAUGAAGAUGAAUAUGCAACUGUAGGAUGAAAGAUAGUUGGUGAAGUGCACUGAAAGUAAUUGAAUCGAUCGUUUGAUCGUUUGAUAAAGAGAUUGUAUUUAGGCAGUCAAACAUAAGCGAAAUAUUUGCUUAGCUCUUCGUUGGUUGAUAACUCUAGAAGAGUCUUGUGGUCCUUCCUCAUUCAAUAACCAUACAGUAGAGCAAGUUCAGUUCGUGAUAGCGGAU